AUGAAGCAGCUUCGCGCGAUUUUCAUUGACGCGGCCACUGGUGCGUUUUCCUCUGUACUAGGCCCUUCCUCGGACCUCUACAUCGGAAAUAAGAAGAUUUCUCCGGAUGGUUAUUGGCGCUCAGCUGCUCUAGCGGGAGCUUGUGAAGAUCCGGAACGAGCUCCGGGAGAUUCUGAGCCAUGCAAGAAGGUAUCGCUUGAGUUUCCUGGACCAUUAAUUAAAGGAAAAAAGGGCGACUCCUUCGAUAUCAACGUCAUCAACCAGCUCAACGACGACCGGAUGCUUAGGAAUACCAGCAUUCACUGGCAUGGCUUUUUCCAGAGGAACAGCAGUUGGGCGGACGGGCCUGUGGGUGUGACGCAGUGCCCCAUCCCUCCGGAUUACUCUUUCCGUUAUCAAUUCAAGGUUCCGGAUCAGGCGGGAACUUUUUGGUACCAUUCACAUCAUUCUACUCAAUAUUGCGACGGACUUAGAGGCCCCAUGGUCAUCUAUGACCCAGAAGACCCUCACGAGCACCUAUAUGAUGUAGAUGAUGAUUCUACUAUCAUUACGCUCGCAGAUUGGUAUCAUGUCUACGCUAAAGAUGUACCUAGAGGCAUCCCCCCUGCUCCAGGUUCUAAUCUUAUCAACGGAUUAGGCCGACAGGAGAACGGAACUGAAACCCCACUCGCUGUUAUCAACGUAAAACAGGGAAAGCGGUACAGGUUCAGGCUGAUUUCAAUGUCUUGCGACCCAUUCUACGAUUUCUCUAUCGGGGGACAUAACAUGACCAUCAUCGAAGCCGACGGAGAGAAUGUGAAGCCUGUGACGGUUCAAGCUCUUCGCAUUUUCGCAGGCCAGAGAUAUUCGUUUGUGCUGCACGCCAACCAGAUCAAGGAUAAUUAUUGGAUCCAUUCCAUCCCGAGCGCCGGAUACGCUGGCACUACCAACUUUGCCAACUCUGCUAUUCUGCGCUACGUGGGUGCUCCAGAGACGUAUCCCAGAACCAAAAACGUCGUCCCGGUUCUCCCAUUGCUCGAUGAGAUGCAGCUACACCCACUGCAUAAUAUCCCGGCUCCGGGAAUCCCUAUUCCAGGCCACGCGGAUGUGAACCUGCCGUUGUUUGUCUCGUUGGAUACUGUGGCUGAGGAGUGGCUGAUCAACAAUAUCACAUACGAGACUCCGAGUCUUCCUACGCUUUUGCAGCUCACGAGCAAGGCUUACAGGCCUCAGCAAAUUUUGAAGCCGGGAGGGUACAUCGAGUUGCCGCCUAACAAGGUCAUCGAGCUUGUCCUGACGGGAGAAGCCAUCGGAAGCCCUCAUCCUUUCCAUCUUCACGGACAUACAUUCCACGUUGUUCGAAGCGCCGGCAGCGACGUCUAUAACUUCCGUAACCCAGUCAUACGCGAUGUCGUCAGUAUGGGAACUGGCAGUCCGAACGACAAAGUCACGAUCCGGUUCGUGACUGACAACGCUGGUCCCUGGUUUUUGCAUUGUCAUAUUGACUGGCAUUUGGAGAUGGGCCUUUCGCUUGUCUUUGCUGAAGAUAUCAAGGGUAUUGAGCAGAGCUUCGUUCCGCCGACUUUGGAUAAAAUGUGCAAGCUGGACAAGUACUUGGGUUCACAUCGUCACUACUAA